AUGACGAAGCCAUAUGACGAUCUUCAAAAGGACGUCAAGCCAACGGUUUUCGAAGCACCCCCUUCUGAGUCAACCUCUAGGGAAUAUCCAAUUAUCAUUAGAGUCACUGAUGGAUGUAAGGAUAAGUCGAAGAGAAUGAAGCUCAGUACUUUAGUGGAGCCUGCUAACGUCGAACAAUUCUGGACUAAAUAUACAAACAUGCUAAAAACUGGGUUCCCUGGACUCAAGAAGAAGUCGAAGAAGAAGAAGAAAUCGAAGAAAUCGAAGAAAUCGAAGAAACCAAAGAAAGCCGCCGACAACUAG